UCAGCUGCCACUAGUGGUGAUGCUGCUGCUCCCUGGUGUGUAGAGGAGGAGAGAGAGCGUGUCCGCUGCCCAAUGACAGCGCAGGAUGCUGAGAGAGGCAGAGAGAGGCUGCCAGGGUGAAUGGAGGCGACAAGAUGCCGUCUGGAGCGGCGGAGGAGAGGAAUUAACAUCGAUAAAGAUCUGACUUUGAUGUGCUCCAACUUUUAAGGCAUGAAAUAAGUCUCCCAUGUGUGGUUCAGAGAGCACUCUCAUUUCAGCGUGCCCCCGUUAAGGACCCUCUGGUGGCUACACCGCCGAUUCACAGGACAUGUACGGCAGUGCCAGAGCUGUUGGCCAUAUAGAGAGCAGCCCCGCACGGUCCCCGCGCCUGCCAAGGUCCCCCAGACUGGGCCAUCGGAGGGCCAACAGUGGGGGCGGGGGUGGUGCGGGGGGCAAGACGCUCUCCAUGGAGAACAUCCAGUCCCUCAACGCUGCCUAUGCCACGUCAGGGCCCAUGUACCUUAGCGACCAUGAGGGCGUGGGCUCCACUGCCACUUACCCCAAGGGCACCAUGACUCUGGGUCGUGCCACCAGCCGGGCCAUGUACGGGGGCCGCGUCACAGCCAUGGGCAGCAGUCCCAACAUCGCUUCCGUGGGGCUGCCCCACGCUGACCUUCUGUCUUACAGUGACCUGGGCUCCCUCUCCAUGCUGCACGCCCACCACCACCACCACCAGGGGGUGCCCUCUGCCCUGCUGAGGCAGGCGGUGCGGAGCAGUGGUGGGGAGCUGCUGGAGAUACAGGCCCAGUUCAGGGAGAUGCAGAGGGAGAAUGAUCUGCUGCGCAGGGAGCUUGACCUGAAGGACAGUAAGUUGGGAUCGUCCACCAACAGCAUCAAGAGCUUCUGGAGUCCUGAGCUGAAGAAAGAGAGAAUAAUGAGGAAAGAGGAGGCUGCACGCACAUCGAUCCUGAAGGAGCAGAUGAGAGUGACCCAUGAGGAGAACCAGCUGCUUGAUGCCAGGAGAACCAAGGUUCUGGUUUUACCGUCCAAGAAGUGUCCACUUCCACCAAUGCAUCUCCAGAUGACCAUCCAGGCUCUGCAGGACGAGCUGCGCACACAGCGAGACCUGAACCACCUGCUGCAGCAGGAGGGCGGCAACCGCUCCGGUUCCGAUCACUUCACCACCAUCGAGCUGACAGAAGAUAACUUCCGUCGGCUGCAGGCAGAACACGACCGGCAGGCCAAGGAGCUCUUCUUGCUGAGAAAGACGCUGGAGGAGAUGGAGCUGAGGAUCGAGACACAGAAGCAGACACUGGGUGCCAGAGACGAGUCCAUCAAGAAGCUGCUGGAGAUGCUGCAGAGCAAAGGGCUGCCCCCGGGCAGGGCGUCCGAGGAGGAAGAGCAUGAGAGAGCCAGGCGGAUUGCCGAGGCAGAGGCCCAGCUGGGACACCUGGAGGUCAUUCUGGAUCAGAAGGAGAAAGAGAACAUCCAUCUACGAGAGGAACUGCACAGAAGAAAUCAGCUUCAUCAAGAUCCAGGCAAAACCAAGGCCCUGCAGACCAUCAUUGAGAUGAAAGACACCAAAAUUGCCUCUCUGGAGCGCAACAUCCGAGAUCUGGAGGAUGAGAUCCAGAUGCUGAAGGCGAACGGCUUACUGAACACAGAGGACAGAGAGGAGGAGAUCAAGCAGAUGGAGGUCUACAAGAACCACUCAAAGUUCAUGAAGUCCAAGAUUGACCAGCUGAAGCAGGAGCUGUCGAAGAAGGAGUCGGAGCUGUUGGCGCUGCAGACCAAACUAGAGACCCUCAACAACCAGAACUCUGACUGCAAACAGCAUAUCGAGGUGCUCAAAGAGUCUCUCACUGCCAAGGAGCAACGUGCUGCCAUCCUGCAAACAGAGGUGGAUGCUCUCCGUCUGCGUCUGGAGGAGAAAGAGUCCUUCCUGAACAAGAAGACCAAGCAGCUGCAGGACCUGACGGAGGAGAAGGGCACUCUCGCUGGAGAAAUCAGGGACAUGAAGGACAUGCUGGAGGUCAAAGAGCGGAAGAUCAAUGUCCUGCAGAAGAAGAUUGAGAAUCUGCAGGAGCAGCUGCGGGACAAAGACAAGCAGCUGAGCAACCUGAAGGACAGGGUCAAGUCUCUGCAGACCGACUCCAGUAACACAGACACUGCCUUGGCCACCCUGGAGGAGGCGCUGUCAGAGAAGGAGAGGAUUAUAGAGCGUUUAAAGGACCAAAGAGAGAGAGAGGAUAGAGAACGUCUGGAGGAGGUGGAGUCGUACAAGAAGGAGAACAAGGACCUAAAGGAGAAAGUCAACAGCCUGCAGAUAGAGUUAACAGAUAAAGAGUCCAAUCUCAUCGAUCUGAAGGAACACGCCUCAUCCCUUGCGUCUUCUGGCCUCAAGAGGGAUUCAAAGCUCAAGUCACUGGAGAUCGCCAUCGAGCAGAAAAAAGAGGAGUGUAGUAAGUUGGAGACGCAGUUGCAGAAGCAAGCUGAGCAGCUAUUCAGUCACAUGAACAAUCCUAAAGCCCACGAGGUGGAACAGCAGUCGGGCCCCAGAGGGAACCCAGAGUACGUAGAUCGAGUGAAGCUGCUGGAGAAGGAGGUGAACUACUACAAGGACGAGUCCGGCAAGUCUCAGACGGAGGUGGAGAGACUCCUGGACAUCCUGCGAGAGGUGGAGACCGAAAAGAACGAUAAGGACAAGAAGAUUGCAGAGUUGGAAAGCCCCCCUCCCUCUGCCCCUCGCCUCAUCCCUCGUCCCGGUGGCAGAGCUCCCCCUGACCCGCUCCCUUCUGUUUCUGCUGCCCCCCAGCAGAUAGGGGGCAUGGUGUGGGAUUUCCUGGGAAAUCUAGCUCCCAGACAAGGAGGCAAAGACCAAACUAAGAAGGGUCCAAACAUAAAGCUGGGACCACAAGGAGACAAGAAAGGCUUAGGACAGGACCCUCGUAAGGACGGCUCCAUGGACAGUGGCCACCACGUGAAGCUGGAGGAGUUGAUGAGCACGCUAGAAAGGACGAGGCAGGAGCUGGACGCCACCAAGCAGCGUCUGUCCUCCACACAGCAGUCUCUGCAGGAGAGGGACACGCACCUCACCAACAUGAGACAAGAGCGCAGGAAACAGCUGGAGGAGAUCCUGGAGAUGAAACAACAGGCUCUUCUGGCAGCCAUCAGUGAGAAAGAUGCAAAUAUUGCACUGCUGGAACUUUCUGCCUCCAAUAAGAAGAAGACCCAGGAGGAGGUGCUGAGCCUCAAGAGGGAGCGGGACAAACUGAUGCACCAGCUCAAACAGCACACACAAAGCAGAAUGAAACUGAUCGCCGACAACUAUGAAGAUGAGCAAUAUCACCCACAUGGUCCUCACCACCCCCCGCCUCAGCCCCCGCACGCUCAGCCGCAGACGCAGCCCCAGUACCCCCACCCUCCCCAUGCCCAGCAGACUCAAUACUCACACGCCACUCAUCCACAACAUGCUCAGCAUCCUCCGCAUCCUCAGCAUCCUCAGACCCCCCAACAGCCCCCUCAUGCCCAGCAGCCACAAGCACAGUACCCUCACCCUCCCCAUCAGCAACACCCCCAGCAGCACCCACAGCAGCACCCACCGCAGCACCCACAGCAUCCCCAACCGGCUCCGCAGCACCAACAGCACCAACAGCACCCACGUCCCCCUCAGCCCCAGCACCCUCACCAACAGCACCCCCAGCACCCAGCACAGCACCCAGCACAGCACCCACAUGGACAUCCCCCUAUGCAGCACCCUCACCCGCAGCACCCACAUGGUCCUCCCCAACAAGGGCCGCACCCCCAGCAUCCGCAGCACCCGCAGCACCCGCAGCACGCCCAGCAUCCUCAGCACCCUCAGCACCCACAGCACCCACAGCACCCGCAGCACCCGCAGCACCCACACCACGCCCAGCAUCCACGUCAUCCGUCGCCACAUCAUCGUGGAGGGCCAGCCCGCGGACCCCCACAUGCUGGUCACCGUCCCACUCCAGACCAGGAUGAUGAGGAGGGCAUUUGGGCGUAAUCCUUGCUGUGACAACCAAAGCUCUAAAUUUGUUUUGAGGGAUGAUUCAGUCACUACUGGAGGAGCACAGCCAUGCCAUGAUGUUGAAACACUACCCAACCAAACAUUAAUUAUCUUCACCUAAUCUGCACUCAGCUAUGUUAUUUUUUUUAUUUUUCUGGGGGAAGAGGAUGAUACACUCAGG